AUGGCGCGAACUAAAGUUCCUCCUAUUGCGACUCAAGAUUCUACUUCUCAUAUUGAGAAAGGAGUUGGUUCUUCCGAGUCUCAAGAAACUUCAUCUAGUUCUUUUACAUCAUUUUCUUCAACCCCAACAUGCCCCAAUUGCAGUAAUACAUUUGCAGAACUAUCAGAUAUGGACUUUCGUAGUCACGUGGCUGCAUGCAGUCGACCAUCCACAGCGGAAUCAGUAGGAACUAUUACUACUUCAGGUAGUUCUCUAUCACCACCUCCUACUUCACUUGAGAAUGUAUAUGCUUCAGCAAAAUAUUUAUCCAAUAAGGAUGGGCCGAGACCAGAUUUGCAUUUCGACUACAAUGCAGCUCAAGAGCCUGCUAUUGCCAUCGCUGACGCUGACGCCGACGAAGAAGAUUUCGAUCCAGAAGAUCAUGAUCGGAUUCAACCAUAUAUCGAUCCAAAUUCUGAAUUCGACUACUAUGAUCAAGCCGAAGGCCAUGAAGAACAUGAUGUAGAUAUCAAUGAUCCAGAUAUUGGUCUUAAGUUCAAAUAUCCCAAGCUUCCCCCGGUGGAGCACUUCGAAAAAUACCUUAAAAAUCCUAGCGAAAUGCCAUAUGAUGAACUGUACAAAAGAGCUGCGAUUGUGAGCACAACUGUUUUAGCUGCCUGGCAAAGGGAGUUUGAUGCAAUUGACGAGGAAAUUUACGCAUAUGAAUCCCAGGAGAAAGAACGACUUCAAUCCGAAAAAGAGGCCGAGAAAGCUUUAGAAGAGGCAGACAGACUUGCAGAGCAAUUGGACAGAGACGACCUGGCAGCUACUGCAAAACAUUACGCAGUGGAAUUGAAAUUAAAGACUCCAGAUUGGGCAGCUUUCAUCAAUCAGUAUGAUGAAGAUGAUGAAUUUCGUCUACGUCUCGAAAGUCUUCGGGACCCACAAUUCAGAGCCAAACUUCAAAGACAAGCUUUCGUUAGAGAACAAGAGAAGCAAAAGCUUAAGCAAAAGGAACUAAAAGAGUCAAAUAAGCUAAAACUUCUCAACGAGCCACUACCUGAGAUCAAAUUGACUAAAGAAGAGAUAGAAGCUGAGAAAAGAAAAGCAGGACGUCUGAUAGAUCCCACAAAGUGGGAUGAUAUGAAGCAAGCAGAGGUAUACGGCUUUGAAUAUUCUUCCCAUCCAAAACAUAUUGGUGCGCAACCAAUCCCAUCGGCCUCUAGAAAGCGUGGUGUGGGUGAAAUAGAUAUGAGUGAAGGUAGAAGUGGUCGAGCUCAACGGAUGGCUACGAGGAAAAUGUACGAUCAAAGUACACCAGAGGAUGAAUCAGACGGCUUACCAGCAAAACGACAACGCAAGGUUCGAGUUCUUGAUGAUGCUAUUGGAGAGUUAUCAAAGUCUCCCCGAAAGCAAAGCCGAAGUCAAACCCCCAUCAGAAGAACUUUUCCAUCGGGAAAACCCAUUGGAAGGCCACCAAAAUCUCUGUCAAAGCUCAAGGAUGUUCAGCUUGCAUCUGGCGAAGAUGAAACGAUACUUGAAGAUGAAUCUAUUAAGGACGAAGAUAUUUCUCGACAUCUCCUACCAGCCGAACAAGAGCAACUACAGCAAUCGGCCGAAUUACUUGUCAAUCAAAUCGCCGAAGAAUUACCCGUUGAACCGGUUGUAAAAAAGAAGCAUGCAGGUGGUAGGCCACGGAAGCAUCCGCUUCCCGUUCCUGCUCCUGUGGCUAUUGUUGACGUUAUAAACCCCGCAGAACAAAUUACUACAGCAGUAUCCGAGACCCCUGCGGCAAUCGUACCUCCUAUCAAGCCAAAGGCUAAAGUUAUCAAACCAAAGAAGCAACCAGCCAAGUCAGCAAAACCCGGUGGUCGAGUCAAGAAGGAAGCUAAUAUCGAACCAAGUGCGGAAACUGAGGAAGAGAAUGCAAUCUUGCCAACAACCGAGCACGAUGAUGACUCGGAUUCAGAAGCAACUGAGGCGAUCAACUCAAGGCGCGACAGCUCAUCAUCGCAGUCAACUAUCUCUUCUUAUGGUAAUCGUCAAAUCAACCGUUCUUCCACCCAUGAGCAGACCCUAACACGUGAACCUCGAACAGCUACUCGAAAUCGUGCAGCAGCAUCUGUCGAAAAGUCAACCUCAAUUCAAGAGUCCCCCAAGAAAGUUGUACGAGGAAAACGUAAUAGUAGAUCGAGCGAAACUCCUGUCGCUAAUUCUCAAUUACCAAAGGCACGGAAGCCGCGUGGAAAACAGGCAACGAUUGAGGAGGAUGAAGAAGUGGGCCCGUCACAUGAACCAAUCAUCAAGAAGGAAGCAACUCCGGCCGCACAUCCGAUCAUUUCACCAUCAUCGUCCCGAACUAAGCGCAAGCGAACAGUUGAAGUCAAUUCUGACGCGCCAACAGCUCCAAGUGCUUCCCCUACUAAGAAGGCUCGUAAAGGUCGCCCUACCAAAUCCUUAUCAGCACCUUCCGAGGGGCCUCUUAUUAUUUCAGCUUCAUCGUCAAAAAUCAAGAUAAACAAGAGGGCUAAAGGACCACUUGCAAGAAUUCUUCCACCUCGUGAACCCAGUACUCGAGCUCGUCGGGCCCCAAAGGCUAUUCGGAAUACUGAUGAUGCCAACGAGGAUGAUGAGGAUGAAGAUGAGUUGCAAAUGCCAGCAACAGAAUAUGAAAGGUAUCAAGCGUUGGCUGAUCCAAGGAGUCCCAUUACACUGGGAAAGAGAAUUCGAAAAAGCGUCAUUGAUUUAAGAACAGCUAUGGAAGGUGGCGAUGAUGAAGAUGGCGAUGACGAGUUUGAGGGGUGA